AUGAUCAACUGGCAACUUGCUGUUAGCUUCAAAAACGACUGGGUUUUCCUGGAUAAUGGCACGGGCAUUCCUGAAAAGAUCGAAGAUGUCUUUGUGAAAGCAGGCGUGAGUAACUUGGGGGACAUCAUUAGUGAAGCGAGCUUCCCACCCACCUACAUCUCCUCAUUCACCACCAACGAUGAUGUGACCAAAGAAGAGUUGGAAGAAACAGCUCGGAAAGGUCUUCCAGAGGGCUUUACCAUUGACAUUAAUCCACGGGGGAAUUAA